GCAGCGUCGUCGACUUGAGCGAUUCGAUGCCGCCGCCGACACUGGCCGAAAAGGCGGAGCUCAAGGGAAUUCUUGAGAAGAUGAACCUGGACACUGGAGAUGUCGUCCUGUUCGACCGCAAGUGCAAUUCCAUGGGUUUGUAUGGAGGAGUGAUUUGCCACUCGGCAAAGCUGUUUGGCCAAACGCGAUGGGAUCACAAUGGCGUCAUCGUCAAGACUGACGACGGCAAGCUCAUGUUCCUUGAGGCUGCAAUGAAUGGUGUCAAGCUACGUCCUCUAAUCGACCGAAUCCUCUACAGUCGGUCGUACGAGGUGCGCAUUCAAAAGGUAGAAGUUCACCGGACGCCUGAGUUCCGCCAACGCGCCGCCGAAUUCAUUCGGCGCGUCAUCGAGCAAGAUAUUCCAUACGAAGACCGAAUUCAAGUCCUUCUCAACGCUGGCGCAUCAUUUGUUCCGUCUCGCAUGGCCCGCGAACAGUUCUACCACGACAUCGUGGAGCUGAAGCGCCAAAUCAAGACCAUUCAAGAUGACAUCACCCAUCGGUCGAAGAUGACGCCCUUUGAGAAAAACUCACUCCGCGCCGAACUCGCCAGUUUGCGCGAGCAGCAUGACGCCAUUGUUCAGCAACUCGACCAAACUGAACGGUCUGUCUUUGAAAACAAAGCCGCGUCAUCGUCCGAUCCCGCUCGCUUCUUUUGCUCGCAACUCGUGGCUGCGCUGUACCAACACGUAGGCCUAUUGCUGCCAUAUCCCGCCGCCACGUCAUACCGUCCACACAACUUCUCCGAAACAGACGAAUACAUCAAGUUGCAAAGUUCGUUCGCAACAUUCGAGAUACCACCUCACACUAACUUUUGUGGCUUUGUCGAAGAUGCUGCGUGGCUGCCGCAGAUCUCCCUACGCGAGCACUUCACAGACACGGAGAAGCAACUGGACGACGAAGCCAUUGCGUUGACGACUCCUCCACCGCCCGACGUCCUCGACAAGAUCGUGCAUACAUUGCAGCGCCACGCAGUCUUCCAUGCGUACACCGAAUCGGAACUGCGCGACGUCGCGCGACAGUUUCGCCGCAAGAGGUUUGCGCCAGGACAAGUGGUGUUUUACCAAGGCGCCCCAGGCGACUAUUUCUACGUGAUUACCGACGGCACGGUCGAUGUCCUGGUGAACUACGAUGCGUACGCACGUGAGCAACCGAAGGAUUCGGUGGCGGUGGAAGUGACGACGGGUGGAGCGCUCCCGACUCUCCGCCGCAACAUGUCCAAGUCGUUUGACAACCAAGAACUGGCCGCAUCCAGCCAUUUUGUGCAUGUGGCGACAAAUGGCCCUGGCAAUGCGUUUGGGGACUCAGCACUCAUGUACAACACCCCGCGUCGCGCAACAGUCAAGUGCUCUGAGCCCGUGGUGGCGUACGCCCUCGACAAAGCAACCUUUGCCGAUGUGGUCAAGCGCCACCCAGCCGCGACGCAGUCCCUGGCCGAGCGCCAGUUCCUCAUGCAAACGCUGGCCAACCAUCCCCUCUUCGCCAACGUCAGCGACCAGGCCCAAGCUGCAGCAGUGCGGCAAUGUUUCUCGCUGAACAUGCCCAAAGGCUCGAUGGUGCUGGAGCAAGGGCAGUUUGGCGACUACUUUUACAUUGUCGAAAAAGGAGCUUGCGCCAUCUCCCGCCAUCACACUGAUGGCGACGAGUUUUUGGACCGCGUGGUCGGUCGCGGAGAUGCAUUUGGGGAAGUCGCGCUCCUGUACAACAGCCGUCGAGGAGCAAGUGUUAAAGCGAUCGAAGACAGCAAAAUUUGGUGCAUGGAUCGCAGCAUUCUCCUGUCGACGACGCGUAGUGGGUCGACGGCGCUGCUCGACAUUUUCAACAAAACGGCAAGUCUGCACGACGGCGACGAGAGCUUUCUCACGUCGGAUGACGUGGCGAACCUCCUCGAAGGCGACGCAGGCGUGAACACUGUGCAGACCUUGCUGUUCCCAGACAAAAUGACAAAGAUCAACUUUUCUCAAUUUGCCCAUUUCCACAUGUGCGUGGAAGCGUACUCGUCGCGGCAGUUCAAUCCGCUCUUGGCCGAGGCAUUUUAUCGAUCGCUUCUUCGGCGCUCCAGCGACCCUGGCCUCUCGUCGUCGUCCGUGCAGCUGAACGCCACCCCAUCGACCGCCGUUCAGCUAUUUUUUCAUAAGAAGAGCCCCACCGACGCCAUCACAUACCACGAUUGCGUUGUGGCCUGCCAAGCUUGGCGACGAUCCCCAUCCCAGGCUCCUCCCGAAAUUGCCUCGCUUCUCGCUACGCUGCAUGCCGACUUGAUGCUGCUCGAGCAGCAGUGGAGGCACACUGCAUUUGAUAUGUCCGGUCCCACCACCUCAAUGACAGCUGCGUCGUCAUCGGCUACAGCAGCAUCGAGUGAUGCCCCCGUGCCAUUUCGCUCUCUCUUCUCGCUCCAAGACGUGUUUGCAGCUAUCUUUGCCGGCAUCGUGGCGCGCACAUCCACGGCGCCACUCGAGCGCAUCAAACUAGCGCGCCAAGUUGGUCUCCUUCCUUCAAGUCUCAAUUUGUGGCGCAGUGUCCAGCACAUGGUGCACGUGGCUGGUUGGAAUCGUCUGUUUGCGGGGAACUUCGUCCACUGCGCAAAGCUCGUUCCGUCGUUUCCGCUCAAGUUGAUGGCAUGCGACGUGCUGCGCCAGCACUUUCAUCAGCUAGGAUUCAAUGCUGAGGUGAAAAAUGCGCUGGCUGGCGGCAGUGCAGGCGUCGCGGUCCAAGCCGUGCUGUACCCCCUAGAUGUCGUGCGCGGGCGCAUGGCGCUCCAGCAAACCGUGGAGCCGAUCGCCAAGUACCCGACCGUGGCGUCGUGUGUUCGUGACAUGGUGCAGAGGGAAGGCAUGCGGUCGUUCUACCGAGGAUUCGGGGUGGGCACCCUCGGCGUGUUUCCUUAUAUCGGCAUAAACUUUGCCAUGUACGAAUUCUUGCGGCCGUGGCUGGUCGUGCAGCAGCACCAUCGCCAUGCCGAUGCGGAUCGUGCGAGUGGAUUCGUCGUGUCGGGUCAAAUUGCAUGUGCCCUUGGGGCGUCCGUGACGGCGCAAGUUACAACGUACCCGUUGGACCUCGUGCGUCGCAAAAUGCAAAUGCAAGGCGACUGGCUCGCUCCGCACGUGUGGCCCAAGUACUCGUCGACGUGGGAUUGCAUCAAGCAAAUCGGCAGUGGCGGAAUGCUCCAGUUCUACCGUGGAUUCGCUCCGAACGUCGUCAAGGCGUUGCCGGCGUCUGUCGUGUCGUUCGUAGUGUACGAGACGUUGCGGCAGGAUAGCGAGUAAGCACGCCACUGAACCAUGGGGAGGAGAAAUGUGAAAGGAAGCGUCGUGUUGAGCCUCAGUGAACGACGUCGUAAAACAUACUGCUAAGGCCAUAG